UACCGAUCUUUGACUUUACUCCUGCCUUGUGCGUACUGUGAACUGCUCGCGAGUUCCACUUUUGUCUGAAUUCAGAGAAUAAGACGAGUUUUAUUGAGUGAAGAUAGUCUUAUCAUGCUAAUGUUUUCAAGCCCGUAAAGAUUCUGAGGAGGGGAGGCUUUGUAUUUGGUGAAUCUCGCUUGCAGCGUCCGUCCCGCAAUCCGACUAAACGGGCCCGACAGACUUCAGACGCAGAGCGCCAAUCAUAAAUAUUGAAAAUCCACGAGUGACCAAAAUCCACCAGGCACACUUCUAAGUUUGAGUCAGAGCGCGAGAAGCUUUUGAUAAGAUUCCAACCGAAAGCAUUGGGAGCAAUUCAGUUGCGUCUAUCGUUGGACGUGGGUUUGUUUAAACGAGGUGUUUCGAUCAGCCAGUUUAGUGCGUUUGUAAGCUGGAAAUGACUUCGAAAAUUCUCCGUGCUGUUAUUAUGGGAGCCCCUGCUUCUGGCAAGGGAACCAUCUCGUCGCGAAUCGUGAAUAAGUUUGGCUUGGAGCACAUUUCCGCAGGGGAUAUUCUACGUCUGAAUAUUAAAAACGGAACCCCGUUGGGUCAAACAGCGAAGAAAUACAUCGAAGGAGGUCUCUUGGUUCCAGACGACUUGGUAAUCAAAUGCAUUUUUGGACGGAUCAUAGAAAUUGCGAAGAAAUCGUGGCUGCUCGACGGAUUCCCUCGGACAGUGGUUCAAGCGGAACAGCUGAAUGCCCAACACCCAGUGGACGUUGUAAUAAAUCUUCUGGUACCGAAGCAGGUGAUAGUCGAACGCACACAAGGCAGAUGGACUCAUCUGCCCAGCGGGCGUGUCUACAACAUCGGCUUCAACGAGCCCAAGGUCCCCUUCAAGGACGAUGUGACGGGUGAACCUCUUGUUCAGCGGGACGAUGACAAACCAGAAACCGUCGCUAAGCGCUUUGAGCUAUAUGAAUCUUGCACGAAACCCGUAAUCGAAUACUACAAAAAUCUGAACAUUUGCUACGACUUCGCUGGGAAGGCCACAAAUGAAAUAUGGCCCAGAGUAGAUGAAUUUCUUAUGGAAAAAACCAAAAGUCUGAUGGCAAAUCGGCAGUAAGAACUGGCGCAUAAACAAGAAGGAAUUAGCUGCAAAUGAAGUGAGAGGCUUGGCCAGGACGCAAAGACUGCACAAUAUACAUACGUCGUAAAAAUGCUCCAAUGACUAUCACCCUUUACUUCAUAGUGAACUUAACUUUAGAAUUAAGCUUAGUUAGGAAUAAAGUUUUACGCCAUAUACAAAUGUAUUCACUAAAAAUUUAUACGUCAAUAAACAUUGUGAGGAGUGUA